AUGCGUUUGACUGGUCUUCUUCCCCUACUCCUGGCUGCCGCCCCGGCGGUGGAUGCCGCCCGUGGGAAGCUGGGCUUCUCGCUGGGCAACAGAAAUGCCGACGGAUCCUGCAAGUCACGGGAGGACUAUGAGAACGACUUUGAUGCUUUGAAGGAUUUGACCAACCUCGUCCGCACUUACUCCGGCACCGAGUGUCACACCCCCGAAAGAAUCCUGCCUGCCGCCAAGGCAAAGAAUUUCAAGGUGGUCCUGGGGAUCUGGGUCGGCCGCGCCCCGAGCAAGGAUGACGAAGGCACCAAUGAUGCUUCGUUCAAAGGUGACUGGGCUGCUGUCAAGAAUGCGAUCUCGACUUCUGGACAGGAUGACGCCGUUCAUGCCAUCACUGUCGGCUCGGAGGCUCUCUACCGGGGCGACUUGACCGGACCGCAGCUCCACCGGUACAUCAAAGUGGUGCACGACUACGUGACCAAGGAAUUGAAGAACGACAAGCUCCUUGUCGGUACCGCCGACAGCUGGAACAAGUUCGCCGACGGAACCGCGGACAGUCUCUUCACCGAGGAACCCAUUGUGAAAUAUGUGUAUGUGGAAUCCGGUCCAUUUCUUCAUUAUAUCUCUCGCGCUAAUUUUCCCAACAGUCUGUCCAAUGCCUUUGCCUACUGGCAGGGCCAUAAGGCUGAGGAAUCUCACUGGACGUACUUCGAUGACAUGUCAAAGGCGAUGCAGCACAUCCAGAAGGUUGCUGGCGACAAAGCCGACCAAAUCACGGUUGUCAAUGGCGAAACUGGCUGGCCUACCGACGGUGGCUCCGACUACGAGGCGGCCAAGGCUGGUACGCAGAACGCCAAGACCUUCUGGCGACAGGGUGUCUGCGGUAUGCUCGCAUGGGGUGUUGACCUAUUCUACUUCGAGGGCUUUGACGAGUCGUGGAAGCCCGACAGCAAGGGCGACAACGGCAAGAUGGCCGACGAGAAGCACUGGGGUCUGUUCAAAGGUAACCGCGAUUUCAAGUUCGACACCGCCUGCCCGAAAUAG